AUGAAUGAACGUCGAGCCGGUUACCCGUCUGCAGCCGCACCAAGGCGCUUAGUCGGCUCUGGUGACCUCAAUAUCGACUCCUGGCUCGAUGGAGAUCGAUGUGAUUUGGCGGAGAACCUCAGCUGGGGCGUGAAGAUGAUUGGAGAUGUACAGCAAAUUCUACAAGGCUCCGAAGUGCCAAAAGAUGUUGUCAAAAAGACACCGAAGCCUAGUGCCGUCCGAAAACCAGAAGGAAUGAAAAGAGAGUUGUUCAAUUUGAUAAAAGGAAAAGAUCUGACAGCAGUCAUGCCUACAGAUACUGGAUUCCGAUCUGUUCGUAAAUACAAAUGGAUGUCAUUCACAAAUGAGGCAAGAACCGAUGGUCUCAUGCUCCAUCAUUGGGUUCGGACAGACAAAGUUGAAGCGAUGAACCCAUAUCCAUUUUCUAAAUUCAACAAAGUGAUAGACAUUCCAACAUACACGGAUGAGGAGUACGAAAACCACUUGAAAAUAGCAAAAUGGUCUCGUGGGGAGACUGAUUAUUUAUUUGAUACUUGUCGUAGAUUUGAUAUUCGCUGGCCAAUUGUUUUCGAUCGUUACGAUUGUAAAAUGUUCGGAGUGAAUAGAUCUGUUGAAGAUCUCAAGGAAAGAUUUUAUUCUAUCAACUACGAGCUUAAUCUUCUCAGAGAUCCGAGUUCUUCUCCAACUGCAUAUGACGCAGAACACGAGCGCCGUCGAAAAGAACAAUUGAAUAAGCAAUGGAAUCGAACAGCAGAACAAUUACAAGAAGAAGAAGAUUUGACAGCGGAAUUGCGACGCAUUGAAUUGAGAAAAAAGGAAAGAGAAAAGAAAGCGCACGAUCUCCAGAAGCUUAUAAACAUGACAGAACAACCAGCAAGUCCAUCAACUGCUGGAUUCCCUGGUGCAGCUACAGCGAAACGAAAGAAUCAAUUCAGAGUAAAAGGUGGUUCUAUUUCGAUGGCUGUUGGACCGUUAUUCAAUCCAUUGGAUAUAUCUGUCACUGCUUUACGUUUCUCCGAAUUCAAAUCAUCUGGUGCUCAUUUCCGUGGGCAAGAAAUGAAGUUGCCUACUAACAUCGGACAGAAAAAACUGAAAAAUAUUGAGGUUAUCCUGGAAAAAUGCAAAAUGGAAAUGAAUCCAGUCGCGUCGGAAUCGAUUAUGAAGACUUACAACGAUUUCCGAUCACAAGUGAUGCUUGUUCAAGAAUUAAAAUCAGCAAUGCAAACAGCUGAAUACGAAUUAGAAUCUGUACGAAUGAAAAUGCAGGAACACGGAAAAGAUUUUGAGAUUGACCCACGUUUCCGAAUCUCACAACUUCCUGAAGGUGGCCUUGAUGAAGAUUUGGUUGGUGGACCAGGGCAGGCAGCAACUAGUCGAAGAAUCACUUCUUACAUUGAUACUAGCGGAACGAAGGAUGCUGCUACGAUUCAGUCAGCUGCUGCUCGCAAGCGGAAGGCCACUGCAACAACUCCAACCCUCACAUCCACGCCGUCCUCCUCCUCUCUAGCGGAUCCGAAGCGACCCAGAAAAGUCUAG